UUUGAUCUCUCUCUCUCUCCUCCCUGUGAAAAAGUCCACCCAUCUCUCUCUCUCUCUCUCUCCGUUUUUUGGACCCAUUGGCACCCAUAAAUUGGAGUUGUUCAGCUCGGUUCUUGCCCAGUUCGAGCUUGAGAGCCAAAGCUGAGCAAUCUCUUUCUCUCUGUCUCUGAUCCUUCUUGCCUCUUAGCUUCUUUUGGUGUCGGAAGUGAUGGCUGAAGAAGCAGUAAGUAAUGGAAACCAUGCGGUUGUUUUGAAUGUUAAAGGUGAUGCUAAUCACACCUCCUCUGUCUCCAAAAUCAACCAUGAAGCAGGCUUCUGUAUCUCUGUACCAUUCAUGCAGAAGCUGAUUGCGGAGGCGAUAGGUACGUACUUCUUGAUAUUCGCCGGAUGUGCGGCGGUGGUGGUGAAUAUGGGCAAUGACAAGGUGGUGACUGUGCCGGGAAUAUCAAUCGUUUGGGGACUGGCUGUGAUGGUUUUGGUUUACUCCGUUGGCCACAUCUCCGGUGCUCAUUUUAAUCCCGCCGUUACCAUUGCCUUUGCCACUUGCAAGAGAUUUCCAUGGAAACAGGUGCCAGCUUAUGUAUUUGCUCAAGUCCUUGGAUCAACAAUGGCAAGCGGAACCCUUCGGCUCAUAUUCAAUGGGCACGAGAACUUUUUCGCUGGAACAGUUCCGUCGGGGACAGAACUGCAGUCUUUUGUGCUGGAAUUCAUAAUCACAUUCUACCUCAUGUUCGUAAUAUCUGGUGUUGCCACCGACAACAGAGCUAUCGGAGAGCUUGCUGGCCUUGCUGUUGGCUCCACGGUCUUACUCAACGUCAUGUUUGCAGGGCCGAUAUCAGGUGCAUCAAUGAAUCCUGCAAGAACCUUGGGGCCUGCCUUUGUGCACAAUGAAUACAGGGGGAUAUGGGUAUACAUUGCAGGACCGAUUCUUGGAGCUGUAUCUGGUGGAUUGGUCUAUAAUUUAAUCCGGUUCACGGAUAAGCCCUUGCGCGAGAUCACCAAGAGUGGCUCUUUCCUUAAAGCAUCGAAGAGUAACAGCUCCAUCUGAGAAUUUUGAGGAAAGAACGACAGAGGGAAAGAACAGUACUUGUGUUAAAUGUUUUGGUGAUUGCUAGGUGGUACUUACUAGCAAUCCAGAUGUUUGUGUGUUACCAAAUAAUAUCUAACUUCACAAAUGUAAGCACUAUGCUUGCUUUCCUUGU